UCCUGUUUAUAUAGAAAGUGCCAUUCAGAAAGCUUUGCCAGUGAGACGGGAGCUCUACACACAGCCUCAGAAGAAAGAAGUCGAACGACUUAUUUGGGAGGGAAAGAAAAGGAGCCUGUAAGUUGAGAGCGCGCGGGCGGCCCGAGCCUCGGCGGCGGCGGCGGCGACGGCGGCGGCGCUGACACCUCCCACCAUGGACAGCUUCGACUUAGCCCUGCUCCAGGAAUGGGACCUCGAGUCGCUGUGGGGUGAAGACAUCUUAAGCCAGAGGAAUGACUCUCUAGUUGUGGAAUUUCAGUCGUCAGCCAGCAGAUGUAGGAGCGUCUAUGAACCAGAUAGAAAUGUGUUACGGAGGAAAGAACGAGAAAGAAGAAAUCAGGAAACUCAGCAGGAUGAUGGCGCAUUUAAUUCGAGUUACUCCCUUUUCAGUGAACCCUACAAGACGAACAAGGGAGAUGAGCUCUCCAACCGGAUCCAGAAUACUUUAGGCAAUUACGAUGAAAUGAAAGACUUUUUAACUGAUAGAUCUAAUCAGAGUCAUCUCGUUGGCGUUCCCAAACCUGGGGUUCCUCAGGCUCCUGUGAACAAGAUCGAUGAACAUUUUGUUGCAGAUUCAAGAGCCCAGACCCAGCCCUCAUCUGUCUGUAGCACUGCAUCUUCCACACCAGCAGCUGUCCCUGUGCAGCAGAGUAAGAGGGGCACCAUGGGCUGGCAGAAGGCUGGGCACCCACCAUCAGAUGGCCAACAGAGAGCAAGUAAGCACGGACCCAGGUUGCUUGAUUUGAACAGAUCUGCUAACCCAAAGAACCAUAAUAAAAAACCUAACCACUCUGUGUCGAGCCCCUCAUCCUCAUCUUCCUCUUCUUCUUCUUCUUCCAACUCAGCACAAGGCUCUCUCAGGACCUUGCUUGGAGAUGGUGUUGGCAGACAGCAGCCACGAGCCAAGCAAGUGUGCAAUGUAGAGGUGGGGCUUCAGACCCAGGAAAGGCCACCUGCUAUGGCAGCCAAGCACAGCAGCGGACACUGUGUUCAGAACUUUCCUCCAUCCCUGGCUUCAAAACCCAGCCUGGUUCAGCAGAAACCAACUGCAUAUGUGCGGCCGAUGGACGGCCAAGAUCAGGCUCCUGAUGAGUCUCCAAAGCUUAAGUCAUCCACAGAAACCAGUGUGCACUGUACGUCAUACAGGGGAGUCCCGGCCACCAAGCCAGAGUCCACCAGAGCCAAGGCCAAGCUGUCCAAGUUCAGCAUCCCCAAGCAAGGAGAGGAGAGUAGAUCUGGAGACACAAACAGCUGUGUUGAAGAAAUAAUUCGGGAGAUGACCUGGCUCCCACCACUUUCUGCUGUUCAAGCACCUGGCAAAGUGGAACCAAGCAAAUUUCCAUUUCCAAAUAAGGACUCUCAGCUUGUUUCCUCUGGACACAAUAAUCCAAAGAAAGGUGAUGCUGAGCCAGAGAGUCCUGACAAUGGCACAUCGAAUACAUCCUCUCUGGAAUGGUUAUCCCCAUUUACAGAUAAGGGAAAUGAUGCACAGAGAGGAAUGCUAGAAGAUGACCUUAAGCUAAGUAGUGAUGAAGAGGAGAAUGAACAGCAGGCAGCCCAGAGAACUGCUCUCCACGCUCUGUCUGACAGCGCCGUGGUCCAGCAGGCCAACUGCAGAGCCUCUGUGCCUUCCAGCAAGGGCAGCAGCAGCGGCAGCAGCAGCGGCAGCAGCAGCUCCUCCAGUGACUCAGAGAGCAGCUCGGGAUCUGACUCGGAGACGGAGAGCAGUUCCAGCGAGAGUGAGGGCAGCAAGCCUCCCCACUACUCCAGCCCCGAGGCCGAACCAGCGUCCUCUAACAAGUGGCAGCUGGAUAAAUGGCUGAACAAAGUUAAUCCCCACAAGCCGCCUAUCCUGAUCCAAAAUGAAAGCCACGGGCCAGAGAGCAAUCAAUACUACACCCCGGCCAAAGACGAAGUGCAGGACUGUGGGAAACUUCCCGACGGUUGCCAAACCAGCCUGAGAGAGAAGGACCUCAAGAGCACCUGCAAGGAGGAGCAGAGGCCGAGGACAGCGAACAAGGCCCCGGGGAGCAAAGGAGUGAAGCAGAAGUCUCCGCCUGCGGCCGUGGCCGUGGCCGUGACCACAGCGGCCCAGCCGCCCGCUGUACCCGGCACACCCGCCGAGAACGCACCCGCGCCUGCGCGGAGGUCUGCGGGCAAGAAGCCCACCAGGCGCACGGAGAGGACCUCUGCCGGCGACGGUGCCAACUGCCACCGGCCCGAGGAGCCGGCAGCCGCCGACGCGCUGGGGGCAAGCGUGGUGAUUCCCCCGGAGCCCGCCAAAACCAGGCCCUGCGGCAACAGCAGAACGAGCCACCGCAAGGAGCUGCGCUCCUCCGUGACCUGCGAGAAGCGCCGCACGCGGGGGCUGAGCCGCAUCGUCCCCAAAUCCAAGGAGUUCAUAGAGACAGAGUCGUCGUCUUCGUCCUCCUCCUCGGACUCAGACCUGGAAUCGGAGCAGGAGGAAUACCCUCUGUCCAAAGCGCAGGCCGUGGCCGCCGCAGCCGCCGCCUCGGGGAGUGAGCAGAGACUAAAGGAGGCUGCCAACAGCAUCAGCGGCGGUGGGGGCCCCCGGGCCCCCGUAGGCUCCAUCAACGCCAGGACCACCAGUGACAUUGCCAAGGAGCUGGAGGAGCAGUUCUACACACUGGUCCCUUUCGGCCGGAAUGAACUUCUCUCCCCCUUGAAGGACAGUGAUGAGGUCAGGUCUCUCUGGGUCAAAAUUGACCUGACCCUCCUGUCCAGGAUCCCAGAACACCUGCCCCAGGAGCCGGGGGUCUUGAAUGCUCCUGCAGCCAAGGACGCUGAGAGUGCACAGCCCAGCCAUCCAUCUGACACUCCUGCCGAAAAGGCUUUGCCAAAAUCCAAGAGGAAACGCAAGUGUGACAACGAAGAUGACUAUAGGGAGGUCAAGAAGGCCCAGGGAGAGAAAGAGAGCUCUUCACGACUGACUGCCUCUGCCAAUAAUACUUUAUCCGCAAACCACUGCAGCAUGAACAUCAACAGCUUGGCAAUACCAAUAAAUAAAAAUGAAAAAAUGCUCCGGUCACCCAUCUCGCCCCUGUCUGAUGCAUCUAAACACAAAUACUCCAGCGAGGACUUAACUUCUUCCAGCAGAUCAAAUGGCAACGGUUUGUUCACUUCCGCCUCCUCCAACAAAAAGCAUAAGGCUGAGAACCAGCUGCAGUCUCAUGCCGGAGACCUCACAAAAGCCGCUCACAACAAUUCCGAAAACGUUCUCCACAAGUCACGGCCACAAACAGAGCCAUGGUCUCCAGGUUCCAACGGCCACAGGGACUGCAAGAGGCAGAAACUUAUCUUCGAUGAUAUGCCACGCAGUGCAGAUUAUUUUAUGCAGGAAGCUAAACGGAUGAAGCAUAAAGCAGAUGCAAUGGUGGAAAAGUUUGGAAAGGCUUUGAAUUAUGCUGAAGCAGCUUUGUCAUUUAUUGAGUGUGGAAAUGCAAUGGAACAAGGCCCAAUGGAAUCCAAAUCUCCCUAUACAAUGUAUUCGGAAACAGUAGAGCUCAUCAGGUAUGCUAUGAGACUAAAAACCCAUUCAGGCCCUAAUGCCACACCAGAAGACAAACAAUUGGCUGCAUUAUGUUAUCGAUGCCUGGCUCUCCUGUACUGGCGGAUGUUUCGACUCAAAAGGGACCACGCUGUGAAGUACUCAAAAGCACUUAUCGACUAUUUCAAGAAUUCAUCUAAAGCUGCCCAAGCCCCAUCUCCAUGGGGAGCCAGUGGAAAGAGCACUGGAACCCCAUCCCCCAUGUCUCCCAACCCCUCUCCGACCAGCUCCGUGGGAUCUCAGGGGAGCCUCUCCAAUGCCAACACCCUGUCCCCUUCCACCAUCGUCAGCAUCCCACAGCGCAUCCACCAGAUGGCAGCCAACCACGUCAGCAUCACCAACAGCAUUCUCCACAGCUAUGACUACUGGGAGAUGGCGGACAACCUGGCCAAGGAAAACAGAGAAUUCUUCAACGACCUGGAUUUGCUCAUGGGGCCUGUCACCCUGCACAGCAGCAUGGAGCACCUGGUCCAAUACUCCCAGCAGGGCCUGCACUGGCUGCGGAACAGCACCCACCUGUCAUAGGGAACUUGCCCCUGAGCUGGAUUGUGCUCUCAUCUCCAUGGACGGCUCAAUGUUUCUGGACACUGUGCUACUGAAAUUCCCAGCCACAGCAUUUAUCGAACUGCGGUGAAUAUUUUCUCAGCAUCGAACAAUGGUCUUUUCCCAGGGCAUGUGUGUUUGUAUGUGUGGGCGUAAAAGAAGUUGCCUGUGUAUGUGUGUAAGAUAUACAGCUCUUUAAAAUACAUUUUUGUCUAGUUUUCAUAAUCCCAAGCUAGACAAAGUGAUCAGAGGUUUCUGAUUAGAGAAUAUACACUUACACACAUGCACGCACGCACAAAAUCACACACACACACACUUUCUAUUUCAAAGCUAAACCAUGACUUCUUAGAACAUUCAACCAAAAUCUCAUGGGUUAGUUAACCAGGUGCAAUACAGCACACCAAAAGCUUGACUGCCAGUUAAGAUGAACCUAGUUCUUAUACUGUUGAUUACUUUCAGUAUUAAUAUACUAUUCCCCAAUUAAUUUUUGAUUGUGUGUAUUAUGGAUAAUUGAAUAACGAAAAAAGUCAGUUAUUUUUGUGCUGGACGUUUACUAGAUUGCAUGUUACCAAAUACCUUGCCUUUUGUCUAACACGCACCCUUCCAUCCAACUUUAUUAUCAACUAAAUGCGUUAUAAGCAAAUGGAUCAAAUCCCACAGGCCUUCCCUGCCCUGCCCCCAGAAUCAUAUGAAAAUGGCACUGGGAUUUGGUAACAACAGUGUCAUUGAAAGCUGACCAACAAGAACAGACAACUGAGCUUGGAGCUCAGUUGGGAAUUGAAACCUUCUGCACGUGGAACAGUAAGCCUGCCCAGCCCACGUGUGUUUUCUUCCUGCCACUGUGACACAGCAGCCAUAGAGCCACAUGGCAUUUGUCAGCCAAUAUGUUUCAAGUCUUUUCUUCCCACGAUAGCUUUCUUGCAAAUUUUCUUGGCCAAAUGGGACAUUACCUAGAACGUCUCUUCACUAGGAGUCUGUAUCUGCUGCUUAUCAGGCUGAGAAAUAUUUGCUAUCGUGAGACUGUCUCACCCUCUCACUCUUUGUGCAGAAUGCAGACCUCUAAUAGCAUUUUGAUCUGGGGGGAUAUGUUUCAGGCUUUGAUUUGCAAGCUGCUUAUUGUGCGGGGUGAGUUAUUUUUGCAACGAUCACAACCCUGUUUGGGGUAGCAACGACUAGAACAUCAUGUUUGCAUCCUGUACGUCUGGUAUGUUUACGUCUUGCCCUUGAUUCUUUUCUUUUCAAUUAAGUUUACAUUUUAGUUUUUUGACAUCUUGUUUACAGUCUUUGUAUGAAACUUACUUCUUUUAUAGUCUCUUGUCAUGCCCUAGAUUUAGUCUUCUUGUUAAAUAUAUUUGAAUAUAAAAAAUACUGGUAAGAAGAAAAACUUCUGCAAAAGAGGAUAUACCUUGCCAUGUCCUUAAAAGCAAAAAUAAUGUGCUUGAAGCCUCUCACUUGACAGAAUUGCACCAGGAUGGUCUGAGAAAGAGUCAGGUGAUGCAGUAUGUGGAACGCUCCAUUUUCCAAGGUGAUGCUGGCACAAAACAGUUAUAGUAGAUUGUGAUAUAUGCUUUCCCUGAUGCUCUUACUGCUUUGGUUGUAAUGUUAACAUUUUUGUCACCUGAUCUGUAGAUGGGAAAUAAGACUGCUGUCAUUCUAAGCACUGACUCAAAACUGUACAAAUGAUUGAACAACUUAGGUGAUUUGAAAUGAAUUUAAAGUGAAGGGUCUGAAGUGAAAUGAAGCCAGUGAAGGGUUUGUGAAAUUUGCAUUUGGCUUUGGCCCUGAAAUGUUACCAGUAUUUCUAUUUUACAUUUGUCCAACUGUGGGGCGCCUCACAUCCCUUUCACUAGCUAUUGGCAGAGUUUGCGAUCCCAUCCUAUGUUGGAAAUUUGAGUCUAACUUGGGAAAUUUUGGAUUUUUUUUUUUUCGGAGGACUAAAGCUUAGUUCUAGUUACCCUUGAUGAAUCCUGAUGAAAUGUUGAAACUCUCAAAGGGAUGAACCUCAGGGUCCAUCGUGCAUCCCCUGGGUGCUUUCUGGCCCUGCCCAUCCUCAAAGCCACGGGUCUUGUAGCGGCCCAUAACAUGCUUACCCACAAAACCCCAUGUAGACCCACAGGAGGCCCCUGGCUGAUUGUGCCCACAGCAUUUUAUCAGCACUUAUGUGGCCCGUGUUCCGCAAAAAAAAACACUUGGAAGUCGUCAUCUUGGAGAUGGUCAGAGCAUGCAGUUCCUCUCCCUGUCUUUGAUCUCAUCAACUGACCACGUGAGGGCAGCAGUUUUUGUUGGCUUUGGCAUAGAUGAUUUUGGUAAGGAACCAUCUUCUGACUGUUACUUGUGAAAGUCAUUCAUGACUUAUUCCUUUUAUUUAGCUUUGUUCAAAGUAGAAAUACCUUUCUUGUGUUUUUGGAUUAUAAAAGUAAUACAUGCUCAUUGUAAAGAUUCAAACAAUACAGCAAUGUAGAAAGUAGAAGGUAGCAAGUCCCAUCCCUGAAAGACAACCACUGUUGACAGUCUCAUGUAUAUUUUUCCACAGAUGCUCCCAUUUAAACAUACUAUCAUUUUUUUCUCUUUGAAGACAUAUAAUUUCCUCAGAAGUUCAACAUAAGUUCGACUGACCUUAUCCUUCCAUGACCUGAGUGGAUGCCUUCCUUUAUCACAAUGUUAGAGUUACCUUUGAAAGUAACCCAAAUAUAUUCCUGAUCAAAAUUUGGGAUUUGUUACUACUCUCUACAGAGAUCAGACUUAUGUGAAGGAGUGUGCCUAGAAAGUGAGGUUUGAUUAAAACAGAUAUUUCUGGAAACUUGCAGAUUGCAGACAGAAACUCGGACCCCCUAUCUAAAGAAGAAUGUACUGGAAAAAUAAUCUGAAGAGUUGACAAAUUGUGUGCUAGAUCGAACACAUGGAAUGCAAUGCAAUGAGAUUUUCUGCACUAAAACUUAUCCUAGUAUGUAAAACAAUGAUGUGUGUAUUAUAUAACAGUGAUGUGUACAUUUCUGACAUCCCAUACAUGAUAUACACAGUUUGUAUAAAUGCAUACAUUUAAAAAUAUAUAUGUACAAUACAGCUAACAUAAAACUGUAGUAUGCCUGAAGGAUAUUACUAGUGCCUAACAUUGAGUAUAAGUCGCUGCGUGUUCGCAUCACCUUGGAAGUGCAGUAAUUGUUAAAACUUAAUCAGUGCAGCCAACAUUAUUUAUGAAUCACAUCUUUGAAACUGUGCAGUAGUAUAUACAUAUAUAUUUUUAAAUAACAUUUUUCACAGUUUUCCAGAGUUACUGUUGAAACCUGUAUCACCAAAAAAAAAAAAGCAAAACAAAAAAAAAAAAAAGCAAGAUUUUUUUAAUGAUGUAGACACUCUUCAGACCCAGUAAUCUGUGUGUGAUUUCCUGUUUGUAGAUACCCAAGAGACUUUAGCAGUCACCAGCCUUAAUGCAUGUACAGGAUAUUAUUGUGACUUAAUUUAUCUGCAGUUUUUAAUCCAUGUGAAAUUGGAAUUUAUAAACUGACUUGGAUUAAAUAUGUCUGCCUUUCUAAGGUUGCAAAUGUUACAUUAAAUGACUUAUGUUGUAAAUGAGAGAAACCGAGUUGUAUGUAAAAAAAAAAAUGUCCACCAAUUUCUGUGAAUAUUUUUACAAGGAAACUUCAGAAUCAAAAUACGUUCAAAUAAGAAUUCUGGUCCCUCGUUCAUAAUCUCUUCAGAAGCAACCUUGUUGUUUCGUGAAUCUUUUAAAUGUAGCUUCCAUGGAUUUUCAUUACUAUAGGCUUGACAUUUUUCACAGUCAAGAUGGAAGCAUGUUCUCCUGCAUUAUAACUAGUUUACAACUUGUCUUUCCCAUUUCCCAGCACACAUAUGCACACAUGCAUGUGCAGAAGAACACCCCCCAGUGUCCCAGAAAAUGCUGAAUAGAAAGCUUGAGGAGUUCAUAUUGAUGACUGCAUUGAUGCCUGUCUACCCAGUAGUCCUGGUAUACUGUUUUAUCUAAUAUUCCUUAAUGACACAAGUUAACUUAUAUGUGCCAGGUUUUUUCAACUCAGACCAACAAGGUGGAAUAAUGUUUGCAAUAUUUGGUUGAGUAAAAUAGGAGAAUUUUGAACUAAUGAAGACAGAAAUAUUAGAACAGUGGCUUGCCAUUAUAUAUCUCUCUGUGUGGGAGGGUUUUUUCUUAACCUUAUUUUUACUCUUCUCCCCAAAUUUUUUCAAUCCAUUCCUUCCCAAAGAAGCAGAAACAGCAACAAAAACAGAAUGACUUUUUCACCUUACCCAGCGCCCCUACCCUUAGAUUCAAAUUGUCUUGUCUUGCAAGAGGACCCUAACUCGGGGCCACUAUGGAGACCACCUCAUCCCAGAAAUGGCCAGGACAGGGGACUGGCUUUGCUUGCUCCAGGGACCUUGAUACUCUUUUCAGAAGUGGUUUGGGCUAAGAAACACUCAACAGUCUUUCAAGAACUGUCUUUCUCUUACACAGUUUGCCUGCUAUUGAAGUCUAUACUAAUCAGAAUCAUAUUUUUAAGAAGUAACACAUUUUCAAUGAAACAUGGACCAACUGGAGUCUUGAAAGACAUUUUUUAAUGAAAGAAAGAAAACCUAACAACAUAAACUGCAUUUCCAACAAUUUUUCAAGCACAGUUUUCAUCAUUACAACUUCCUAACAAAUAGCACAAGAAAUGUUCAGAUUUGAGAUCUGUGUUCUCUUUGUCCAAACUGAAUUAUUCUGUAUAUGUCAUCAGAGGGGUCAAUUUGUUUGUGUGGCAUGAGGGAAAUUAUAAAACUCUGUUCUCAAACUAA